AUGCGUCUUGGGUCAUACGCGGGGACGCACUCAAUGAGGCCCUUGCUGCGGUCAUCCAGGUUAGGGUCGGUGACACUGAUUGUCGCCAAUUUGAACGUUCUGGUGGCCCUCGCAUUCCGACAUGGAGCAGAUGACAAGGAGACAGCCCCGGCACCGUUGGAGGUGAAGUCGAUCCUCACAUUCGGCCAAGGUGACCCUCGUCGGAAGAGGAGCAAGUUUGGUGGCAAUGUGCUGAAUGCUACGCUGUUGGCCACGCAAAACGACGAAGCUUCGACAUCGACCAUGGUCAUGCUGGACACCAUGAAAGAUCACUCCGAAUCGUACGAGACUGGAAACACUACCAAGUACUCGAGUCAAGCAGGGGCCGGCGAUCCGACGAUGAGCUCGGAGAAUGUGCAGAGAGUCACCUGGGGCAGUGACAAAGUGUAG